GUAAAGCGCCAUCUAUCGGCAAUUUGGGGAAUUACGUGAAAAGCACAAAGAAACAAGUUGGCCGCAAGAUAAAGCCAUAUUUUACUGUCUGACGCUAUUGUGAUAUGCAGCACAGACAAGACAGUGUAAAUGGGCGGAGCAAUUUCCUUGUGUACACGCGAUGAAUGAUGCUGAUGUUAUGUCAAGUGCAUAUGCGGCCUAUGCACAGAAUUUGUCUAGUCUAGGUAUCCAUGACAACCCGGGGCUGAUUGAACAGCUUCAGUCAUUCCUAAAAACCAAUGGUUUACAUAGUCCCUCCCCUACUGGGAACAGGAAACUUUCUACAGAUAACUUACAGGGUAUGGACACAAGUGCUGAUAGAGACAGUGACGUGAGGCCAGCUUGUCGAUUCUGUGGUAAAACUUUCGCCCAGGCCAGUUAUAUCAAAGCCCACGAGAGGUUACAUACAGGAGAGAAACCCUACGUGUGUUCUGUGUGUAAUAAGGCAUUCAGUGAUGCAAGCAACUGGAAAAAACAUGAGCGUAUGCACUCAAGACAGGUGCAGACUGCCUUUGAGGACGGUGUAGUUCCGGUUGUAACCAGUGCCCCGCCCACACCCGAACCAUUGACCCCGAGCUCUCCAAGCAUGACAACAGGUCAGAAUAGCAGUGCAAUGUCCCACAGCAGUCUUAGUUCACAGAUCUCGUCCUUUGCAGCCAGUUUGUCCCAAAUGACGGCAACUUCAAGUUCGCCGGCAACCAGUUUUCCGGGAUUGUUUCCGGAAGUUUCUCUCCCAGUGCCAGUCACUACUCAGUCUGGGUUGCAAUUAGCACCACACUUAUCAGCAAUAAAUUCACAAAAUUCCCAGAAUUCGGAAGACCCAACUGAUUUAUCUCCCCCAGCGAAGCGUAAUAAGGAGGAGACUAGUAGAGGUAAAGACGACACGCUUAGUUGUAAUAUUUGUGGGAAGAUGUUUUCUACACCAGCAAGUUUGUCAAUGCAUAAGAAAAUUCACUCUGGUGAAAGACCACACAUCUGUCUAACUUGCGGAAAGUCGUUCACACAGAUUGGUACAUUGCGUGCCCAUGAGCGCGUACACACUGGUGAGAAGCCAUACGAGUGCACAAUUUGUGGAAAAACAUUUGCACAGUGUGGGAGUUUCAGAAUGCAUGAACGGCGCCACCAUAGGGAUAUGAUGGAAAACUUUCAAAAAUGUUUCGUAUGCGGAGCAAGCUUCCAUUCACUGGAAGAGUUGCAGAAACAUAUGUUAUGCCAUCCUGGAGCUUUCAAUCUGAAUCUGCAAAAUUUGCAUCCCGGAUCCCUUGGUUUUCCUGGCCCAUUGCCGCUUGGUUUUGGAUUUCCACCAGAUCUGGAGGGUAAAGGUGACAUGAUGAAACCUGAGGUUUCCGAGAUGUCCGAUAUAGAAAAGGCAUUUAGUUUAUUUGCUGGACAACCAAAGUCUGCACCAGUUACGUCCCUUGCAGAGCACUUCCAGUUGCCUCCCUUUGUUUCAACUGCGCAUGCUUUGAUCCAGCGUUCCCUGUCACAGGGUAGUGAUCCAAAUACUGCUGUCUCGAUGCUGCUAGCAUCCAACGGUGCUGAAAACUUGAACCUACUAGGUCAGCCUUUCAACUCGGCCCAAGGCAUGCUGUCUCCGGCCCGUUUGCCAAUACUCCGCCCCGAACGAGCCCCGUCCAAUUCGAAUGACCAACUUAAAAUUGAAGAAGUUGAACCAGUCAGUACAACCACCAGAAGCAGAAAAUAUUCGUCUGACUCGCAUACGUCCAUGUCAAUGAACGACGGUCCUUUAUCACAGUCUGACAGUAAAGCUAAAAAUAGCGCAGAUGAAGAUCAAGAUGCUGAUAAUGAUAAUGAUGGGUCCAAUAAAUUUGACCAAUGCCAGAAAACGCCAUCGGAAGAUUCAAGUUUUGCCGAGUCAAGAUCAACAGAAGAUUUUCAGUCCGACGACCAACAACACACCGGUGUAAUUAGUCGCCGAAACCUUAACAAGCGAAUGAUAUCUUCAUCAAAUCUCCGGAAACAGCGACGACCAAUGAGACGAUUGAGCACGAGUGCGAUUGUGGACCAAAGCACGUACCAACAACAGUACAAUGAAGAAGGGGAAGAACUGUCAGAAGAUCAACUCAUGGUUUCAUUCCUUCUGUCGAAAGGCGAGGUCUACAAGUGCGAACACUGUCAUAUCAUUUUUGAAGACUGUACUUUGUAUCUUUUGCAUAAUGGAUUCCAUUCGAGUGAUACCGAUCCAUUCAAAUGUGUAAUAUGUAAGAAGUGUUGCGAUGGACGAGUUGAGUUCAACUGCCACCUGACCAGCCAUAUAAAAUAAGCUCUGAUGCUAAGAAUAAUUGUUGAAGAAAAAGGACUCGAAGAGAACUACAUUUCAGUAUACAAGUAUAAACAAUUUUAACAUAUAGAUUUAAGUGCUUCUAUAGUGUACAUAAAUGAAAGCGCAAAAAAACGAAAUGGGAAUUUGCAAUAUUUGGUGAAAGGCGUAAAAUGAAGGUAAUCAGACAGCUUAUGUUGCUUCUAAUAAACAGACUAUGAAAUGCUGAUAGAAAAGAAUUUGCUUUGAGGGUUAUGGAUAAAUUGCUGAUUUUGCGCGCACAUAACAAAAUUAGAUUUUAGUAUUUUACAUGCCGGGCUUUACUUUUAUACGCUGGAAUAGAUGAAAAAGUCACAAAAGAAAAUACCUGCGAUGUAUUUCACAUGUGGAACAGAGGUCUUGCAGCUUAUGUCAGUUUGGGAGACCCAUUUGAUCAGAGUUUUCUCGCAAAAAUUGAAAAAAAAAAAUUUCGAAGUUCUUUGCAUAAAAGUUUAAAGGUAGGCAAAACUGUGUCGUAGUAAUAAAACAAUAAUUA